AAUGAAAUCUAUUAAUUUUAAAGAUAUACUCGAAGCCAAACGAUGCUUCUACUCUUAAGGUAUUGACUAUUUCCACACGACGUUUAGAGGAUGUACCCAUGGGUGAGCAUGCACCCCAGAGCCAUGGGUACUAGCCUUACUUCUAAACGUGAGAGCACUCAUCUUUCGUUCCUCCUUGAUGAGACCUCUGGCGGCAGUAGUGUGGUUUUACAAGUGCGCAGUGAUUAAGUUCUUAACCCUAUUCUACUUCCUACUUACUUGUACUAAAGCUCUUCUUUAGUCUGUCGCCGCUCUAUCGCACUCGUCGACUCGCUUUCGUGUCAGUAUUUUUGUCUAAGUCUAGUCGCCUCUUCGAAUCCAUUAAUGUCUUCAUCUUCUCUCACAACUACCCACAACUACACACACAAGACUUAGAAGGUACCUCUUCACGAAACUUGCCGCAGCAGCUACGGAGACUUGACGGAAGUCCUCUCUACCUUUUUACUUCAUAGAAAUACUGACUUUGAAAAGACCUAGGUAAGUCUCAUUAUUUAUUUGAAGAAGUUUUUAUCCAUCAUGAUCAAUUGACACAGGUUCAAGAGGAGCUACGCGGACGAUGGC